CCUGCAGGACAUGACUACAAAUCCCGUGACCCCCCGCGAAGACAGGAGGAGAGAGGUACUUCCUCUCGGCAAAGAUGGCGGCUCCCUUAGCGCUGGGCUUGAUUGUGGCUGUCACAAUCAGGGCUGCAUUGUUCAGGUCGAGUUUUGCUGACCUGAUAGCGGAGAGAGUGGAAGUGGUGUCCCCUUUAAACGCAUGGAAACGAGUAGUGGAGGGCCUGGCGCUGCUGGACCUGGGAGUGUCUCCCUACUCCGGGGACGUGUUCCACGAAACACCUCUCGUGAUUUACUUCUUUCAUUUCGUUAUUGAUUAUUCCGAGUUCGUCUUCAUGAUAGCAGAUGGGAUCACUGCGGUAGCACUGUAUUUGGCUGUGCGGGACUACAAUAAGAUCAUGUUCAGGAAACAGAAAUAUGCCUUGGAGGCUGACCGUUAUCCCCAUGAUGUUGUGGAGCUGUUCAGAACACCGAAAGAGAUGUACUAUAUCCCUCUCAAAGUGGCUUUAUUUUAUUUGCUGAAUCCCUUCACCGUCCUGUCCUGUGUGGCCAAGUCGACCUGCGGGCUCAACAAUGCUGUCAUUGCUCUCUUCAUCCUGUGUACGAUAAAAGGAAGUGCCUUCCUCAGUGCCAUAUUUCUGGCAUUGGCAACAUACCAGUCCAUCUACCCUUUAACGCUGUUCGCCCCAGCGCUGCUCUUCCUCGUGCAGAGGCUGUAUAUCCCCGUGAGUCUGCGCAGCCCCAGUUUCUGGAUCCUCGCAGUCCAGUAUGGCGUGAUGUUCCUGGGCAGCCUGGCCAUCAUCGUUUGUCUCUCCUUUUUCCUGCUCAGCUCAUGGGACUUCAUUCCCUCCGUGUACGGCUUCAUCCUGACGGUGCCUGACCUGACCCCCAACAUCGGCCUGUUCUGGUACUUCUUCGCCGAGAUGUUCGAGCACUUCAGGCUCUUCUUCCUCUGCGUCUUCCAGAUCAACGUCUUUUUCUACAUCAUCCCCCUCUCCAUCAAGCUCAAGGAGCACCCUGUCUUCCUGAUGUUCAUGCAGAUCGCCAUCAUCUCCAUCUUCAAGUCCUACCCGACGGUGGGGGACAUCGCCCUCUACAUGGCCUUCCUGCCUGCCUGGAGCCACCUGUACAGAUUCCUGCGGAACAUCUUCCUGGUGUCCUGCAUGCUGCUGAUCUGCUCCAUGCUGUUCCCAGUGCUGUGGCACCUCUGGAUCUUCGCGGGCAGCGCCAACUCCAACUUCUACUACGCCAUCACUCUGGUCUUCAACGUCGGUCAGAUCCUCCUGGUGUCAGACUAUUUCUACGCGUACCUGCGACGGGAGCAUCACCUCACGCACGGACUGUACUUGAAGAAGAAGGAUGGGUCGGAGGCCACGCUGGUGCUGAAAUAGGCACGGGGACGCCUCAGGGGGAACGCACAGGGGGACACAUUACCUUCUUCUUCAAACAGAUUUUUUUUAAAUGCAUGCUCUCGCAGACCACGGCCUCCCUUGGCCGGUGUCGUCCCUGCUGCCCGGGAGGGGGGCGACGCCCUCGGAGAUACUGGCUGCUGCCGUCGGAUUCUCUGCCGCGGAGGCUCCCGACGGAGGGCCGCCUGCUGUCGGUGUGCUGACGCUCGCCGGCUGUUCCUGCUCCCCCUCCUCUUUUCCUGAGCCCCCUGUUCGCGCAGGCCGGUCUGUGAGACCUCAGGCCACACCCCCCUCCAGCAGGGGGCGACAGACCAGGAAACGGCUGAGCCAACCGGCCUCUUCGUUUUCAGUGUUUAUCUUUUUUUUUCGGCCUUCCUCCCUCUAACCAGCUGUCAGCAGCCACCGAUUCGUUUCCUUCCGAGUCCAGAACGCUGUUUUAUCAUCUAGGUUGGAUCCCAAGCUAAACAUUUCAGGCGUGAUAACUGUGCACUACGUAUAUACGGAUAGACUGCGUAUAUUGCUCUCCUGUCGAAAAAAAGAAAGAAUAUUCCAUUUACUUGCUGGUG